AUGGGUGGCCAUUUGUCACAUUUGAAACCAGAAGCUUCUCAUUAUGUAUUGAAUUGUUCAUGUGGUCCAAUUCGAGGAAACAUUUACAAGCAUGGUGUUCGCACUGUUGAAGGAUAUUUAGGAAUUCCUUAUGCAAAGCCUCCAAUUGGAAAUCUCAAGUUCAAGAAGCCUGUCGCCUUCGAACGAUGGGACACGGUCAGGGAUUGCACCAUUUUUGGACCCGUUUGUCCUCAAACAAAUAUCUUGAACUCGAAUUCUGGAAUACCAAUGGCUGAAGAUAAUUGUCUAACUUUGAAUGUUUUUCGACCAACUUGGGAAUCGCCGGAAUACUCAUUGAAGGGAAGACCGGUUAUGGUGUUCAUUCAUGGCGGUGGAUACGAAAUGGGUUCAUCUAGAGAUUUCUGCGAUUAUUCUCUUACAGGAACUCUGACAUUGAAGGAUGUUAUCGUGGUUACCAUUAAUUAUCGAUUGAACAUAUUCGGAUUCUUGACAACAGGCGAUGAAGUUUGUCGGGGAAAUUUCGGCCUCUGGGAUCAAACGCUCGCGCUAAAAUGGAUUCAAGAGCACAUUCAAUCAUUCGGCGGUGACGCGAACAAUGUCACCGUAUUUGGACAAAGCGCUGGCGGAGCUUCAGUCGAUUUGCUAUCGUUGAGUCCACAUUCUCGCGAUCUGUUCCACAAGAUGAUUGCAAUGUCCGGAGCGUCAGCUAGUGAGUUCGCGAUGCGAACUGCCGAUAGUCAAUCGAAAAUCUUCCGGGAAUACGCGAGAAAGCAUGGCUACAAAGGAUCAGAUAACUCGGAAGAGCUUUUAAGUUGGUACAAAUCAACUCCGUUGCACGUUUUGAUAGACUUUUUGAAUUUCCCAAAAAGUGUGUCCGGUUUUCUCUCGUUCACUCCCAAUUUGGAUGGCGACUUUUUUCCAAAGCCAUUAGAGCAAUUGAGAAAGGAAGCUCCAAGGAAGCCGAUCAUGACAGGAGUGUGUGAAUACGAGGGCCUUAUGCUGGCACUUCUCGGAGUAAAUCCCGAAUCAGCUGGGGAUGAUGUUUUCAGAUCAAGAUUAAGAAAGUCUUAUGGAGCCGACAUUUUUGACAGAGCAGAGGAAGUCCAGAAAGAAAUUCUGGAUUUUUAUAUGAAAGAUGUGGAUAUGACAAAUGAAGCAAAUGUCAAAAAGCAGUUAGUCAUUGCUGUCGGCGACCUGCUAUUCAACCACGGAGCAUACGUGACCGCUCGCGAAUGCGCCAAAUUUGGCAAUCCGGUUUAUUUCUAUACAUUUGCGUACGCGAAUCUCAAAAAUUUUGGCGCACUCGAGGCAAUUAUUCCAUUCAAAGCUCCAACUCAUUGCUCGGAUCUUCGAUACGUGUUGGGUGAAGGAUACUAUAGUAAAUUCGAACCCGACGAUGAUGAUAUGAAGAUGCUCGAGAUUAUGACGUCAUAUUACACCAAUUUCGCCAAAUAUGGUAAUCCAAAUAAUAAUGGCACGAAUGAUUGGAAAACCUACGAUUUGAAGCGCCCGUUCACUUGUUUCCGAAUAACGCUCCCAAAAUCUUAUAUGAGCGACGAUUUUGCUGAUGGAAGGCUCGCAUUUUUGGAUGAAGUUCAUAAGCGAAAUAUCCAAUUCAACAAACUUCGUUAUGGAAAAUUAUAA